CUUACGCGGAAAUUCGGGUUACGUCGCCAGUAUAGGAACGGAAUUCGUUCGUAACCCGGGGACUACCUGUAUUGUGCUGCGGUGGCCACACCUCGUUAUGAUUAGACAAGUUCUUCCCGUGAAUGAGAGGCUCAGCGCGGCGACAUUAACUCGCGUCCUCCGAGGCUGGAAGAUGGCAGGAUGUUGCUGCUGCAUGUCGGCCGAGGCCAGGGAGAGCAAACACAUCAGCGACCAAAUUGAGACGCAGCUCAAGAAAGACAAGAAGAACUGUCGCCGGGAGCUCAAACUGCUUCUCUUGGGCACUGGCGAGAGCGGCAAGAGCACAUUCAUCAAACAGAUGAGGAUCAUUCAUGGUGGAGGCUACAGCGAGAAGGAAAAACAGAAUUACGCUAAACUAGUCUACCAGAACAUCUACACAUCCGUGCAGGCCAUGAUCCGAGCCAUGGAGACGCUGCGCAUCCCCUUCAUCGACACGAGCCUGAAGGCUAGCGCCGCCAUGCUGCUGGGGGUUGAGGUGCUGAAGGUGGAGCUCCUGAAUGACGAACACGUGGCGGCCAUCCAAAGACUGUGGAACGACGGCGGCCUGCAGGAAUGCUUCAACCGCCGGCGGGAGUACCAGCUGUCCGACUCCACCAAAUACUACCUCACAGAACUUGAACGCAUCUCGAAGCCUUCCUACGUACCUGACCUCCAGGAUAUCCUGCGGGUCCGGGUUCCCACCACAGGCAUCAUUGAAUACCCCUUUGAUAUGGAGAGUGUCAUUUUCAGGAUGGUGGACGUAGGCGGCCAACGCUCCGAGCGCAGGAAGUGGAUCCACUGCUUCGAAGACGUCACGUCCAUCAUGUUCCUGGUGGCGCUUAGCGAGUAUGACCAAGUUCUGGUGGAGUGCAGCAAUGAGAACCGCAUGCAGGAGAGCAGGGCCCUGUUCAAGACCAUCAUCUCGUAUUCAUGGUUCCAAAGCUCGUCCAUCAUCCUGUUCCUCAACAAGACCGAUAUCCUCCAGGAGAAGAUCCAGCAUUCCCACCUGGCUGACUACUUUCCACAGUUUUCGGGUCCUCGUCAGGACGCGUGUGCGGCUCAGGAGUUCAUCCUGAAGAUGUACCAGGACCAAAACCCGGACAGGGACAAGAAGCUGUACCCGCACUUCACCUGCGCCACUGACACGGAAAACAUCCGCUUUGUGUUCGCCGCUGUCAAGGAUACCAUCCUGAGACAGAAUCUCCAGGUCUUCAACUUGCUCUAACAACUUCCUCCAUUAUUUUACUCUUUGUACAACCACAUACUUUUAGUCAACUAAAAUUUAGACAAGUUUAGUUUAUGAAUGUCAGUCAGUGCCUUCAUUCUUUGGUUUCGUUAUACGGCACUCAUUUAAGUCACUGGCUGCCAUUGAUGGCGCAAGAUGUCCAAUUAAUUUAGACUGGGAGGGGCAAAUCAACUCAA